CGCGAGAACCGACAGAUUCCACGGCCAAAUAAUGGGAGGCACGGCGCUGGGAUUCCAAUUGAGACAAAAAGUUAUGUUUAGGGUUGUUGUUCAGUAGCCUACGCAAUGUUAAGCCGCUCAUUAUACCCGAGUUCAAAGUUCUCUUACGUGAAUUUCUAACAGUUACUCAUGAAGUGACGGCAAAUGGCCUUUAUGCAUUUCGCCUGGUGGAGAAAACGCUUACUUCAUAAAAAGUUCUCGAGCCCUUAAGUCGCGGAACAUGUUGACGGGAUGUCCUUUCUUUGUAGCAACCCACAUCGACGACUGCUCUGUGAAUCUCCUACCCGCUGACACAUAUGACCGGAGUCUCAUGGGGUAGGCGUAUUCUCGUCUGGAAAGUGUUGUUUUUAUUUGUCCUCCUGUGCAACCAGCUCACUGCUUGAAACUCGACGUGAGCUGAAGAUGGCCUUUAACUCGUCUGAUAUAGAAGAAACGUCAAACUCUUUAAUAAUGAAUGAGCGCGAUCGCUUGGAUACCGCGGACACCUGUGCGUGCCCAACUACCGCGGAGCUCAGUAAAGCAGUGUCAGUGUCCUUGGGUUUGGAUACGGUGUCUUCUCCUGCUCCGCUCAACAACAACAUGAACCAGUGCUCCUCCAGCAGCGCCUUUUCAGACUUCGACCCCACUGUGGAGAACAGUUCUCGGGGAGUGCUGGAGUUCGGAGCGGCUCGAGAUAUGAACUCAGAAGGCAGCGGGUUUCUACUGAAUGACACUACACAAAGAGAGGACGACUUUGGAGAGGUGUGCCACGGCAUACAGCAGGUAAGCUGCAUGGAUCUGCUCAGAUCGGGUGAAAUGGACAGCGCGCAAACCGUGACGCGCGGCCAGGUGAUAUCCAGAUAUGUUUGCAAAGAAUCAAACUUGUUUCUGAACCCGGUGGUCGAGAUGCCCGCGCCCUCCCCGAUGGACGAGCUCUUGCCUUUGAAACCAUACCCUGCGUACUCUGCCAAUCCCAACCUAUACAGGGAUACCCCGGGUGUGUGGUGCGCAUACAGCGGACCACCCGAGCCAGAGAGAGGCGGAUCUGGCGGACACACUUUGUUGUGCAAAUAUUGUAAUUGUGGCCAGGUCUCUCGUGGAUCCAGGCAGGAAUGCCACUGUGUCUGGUACAGCAAGAGCGAGCAGGGUCGUAAAGGUGGCACGCGAGCAGCGAUGGCACAAGGGUACGGACAAGUGGAAAGUUACCAAAGUGCGAUUCCUCAAGGGCAUGCCACUUUUUCCAAUAUCAAAACCGAACCUUCAGUGUGGGUGGACUGCACAGAUCGCAGUUUCAGACAUGAGGAUUUGUUUCCCGGUGUGUACCUCUCAGACAGGAGAGUUUGUCAGGUGUGCGGUGAUGAUGCCUCAGGUUGUCACUAUGGAGCAGUCACCUGUGGCAGCUGCAAAGUAUUCUUCAAGAGGGCCGCUGCAGGUAAGCAGAACCACCUGUGUGCCAGCCGGAACGACUGCACCAUCGACAAACUGAGGCGGAAAAACUGUGCCUCUUGCCGUUUAAAGAGAUGCUUUAUGUCGGGAAUGAGCCUUAAAGGUCGAAGGCUGAAGGGAGCCGGACAGACGAGGAACGGAGAGGAGGAGCAACCUCUGGGUCCCUGGGGGCCUGGCGAACGAGGAGAAAGGGCUGGGAAGAGAGAUAUCAUCUUGGAGCCUGGAAGUGCAGCUGCCAGGGCUCAAACAGCAUCCCAUGCCCUGGCUCUAGGCAUCCCACCGAGCUUGCGCUCCUGUCUCUCCCUGCUCAGUGUCUUGCAGACCAUUGAGCCGGCCGUGGUCAAUGCGGGACAUGACCAUGCCCUGCCAGACAGCCCCGCGUCCUUGCUCACCAGCCUCAAUGAGCUGGGGGAAAGACAGCUGGUAACCGUGGUGCGCUGGGCCAAGGCAAUACCAGGUUUCCGUGACCUGCAUGUGGAUGAUCAGAUGUCAGUGAUUCAGUUGUCAUGGAUGGGGGUGAUGGUGUUUGCUUUGGGUUGGAGGUCCUACACACUCACUAACAGCUCCAUGCUGUACUUUGCUCCAGACCUGGUCUUCAAUGACGAGCGGAUGCAAGUGUCCAGUAUGUAUGAACACUGUGUGAGGAUGAAGCUACUCUCCCAAAGGUUCUGCAUGCUAAAAGUUACCCAGGAGGAGUUCCUCUGCAUGAAGGCCCUGGUCCUCUUCAGCAUCAUGCCAGUGGAGGGCCUGAAGAGCCAGCGUUGUUUUGAUGAACUGCGGACCUCCUACAUCAAGGAGCUGGACCGCUUAGCCAGCCAUCGCGGAGAGACCACCCGUACACAGAGACUGUUUCAGCUCACACAGCUGCUGGACUACCUCCAGUCGGUUGUGAGGAAGUUACACCAGUUCACCUAUGAUCUGUUCAUCCAAGCUCAGUCCCUGCAGACGCGCGUCAACUUCCCAGAGAUGAUCUCGGAGAUUGUUAGCGUUCACGUGCCCAAGAUCCUCUCAGGCAUGGUCAAGCCCAUCCUUUUCCACAAUACAGCCUAGGGAGAAGUCUCUGUGGUUGUCCUAUAUGUCACCUGAGCUCCAGCACCCAGUCUUCAGCCAUUUCUGGUGAAGCUUGAAACAGCUAAAGAGGGUUUUUGAUUCUUCCAGCGUAUUGUACAUAUUCUUCCAGCCUAUUGUAACUGCAUCUACUCCGUUCUUAUUACUGCCUGUUAUCUGUAUCAUGCACAUCUAUUCUGGAGCUGAUUAAAACACCUUUUAGCAUGCAUUCCUCCACACAACAACAACUGGCAUGUAGACUUCCUCACAUUAACAACAUGACAACAUGUCAUUUUGAGAGGUAAGACAGUGAUGAGAAAAACAUUUUUGCAGAGUUCACAUCCCCAUCGCUUUUCUGUGUGCAGUACAGUAGUAUGACAUUUGCACUAGCUUUUUCCACAAUGAAUGUUAUUGUGUGCACCUGAGGUGAACAAAGUUGCUGAUUGACAUUUAAUAAAUGGUUGUGGCAUGCAUGCUAAGAAGCAAAGCUGUCUCGCCUGAAGGCAUACGAGAACUUUUUUUUUUUUUUAGAAGCUGCUCUCAUCCAUAGAAGUAAUGGUCGACUAAUAGUUUUAGGUGUCGUCAAAAUAAAAACACUUUUAAACUGCAAGUAACUGCAAAUUUCAAAUGCAUAUUUAUGAAUAUUGUAAUGUCAAAAGGGCACAACAAAAACCCUGAAAAAAAUAAUUGCACAAAACAUAAAAGACUACUCGAAUGAAUUGAAUUUGAAUUUAAGUUUGCUUGUUUUUGGUUGUCAAACAUUAUUCAAGUACAGUUUUUCCCAAGUGGACAUUUAAUACUGUUGUAACUUUUCUACUGUUUCUUAAAGUGUUCUUUGCAAGUGCUUUUUGGUGCAUUAUAAUGUGUUAAUUGUAGCUUUUGACAUUUUUGCUAAACGUUAAACGUUCAGCCAAGAAUCUGCUCGUUUGUUGCCGCAUUGAUAGCUUAAGAUGUAAUAAAACUGAUGCAUGAGUGUGUA